ACUUUUUGACUUCCGGGUUAAAUGAGCGUCGCUUGCAGGAGCAAUGACAUUGUACCAAACAAUAAAUAGGUCUGGCUGGCGUGUGGUUUCCACGUUGUUAAAGUGCGUGCUUUAAAGAGCCGGUGGGUGCUGGCCGUGCCGUCAACAUGACUUCUAGUCCGCCAGGGUUGACGGAGGAGCGGCAGGGCGGGAGAGGGCAGCAGGCGCUUCUGGGUGCAGGCUACAUCCCCACAGAGGAGGAGAAGAGGGUGUUGAAAGAGUGCAACAGUGAGAGCCUGUAUUAUAGAUCGCUGCCCUUCUCCGUGGUCAGCAUGGCGGUCACUCAAGCCCUGGUCGUCAGAGGAACUCUGUCUCCUUCUCCAAGAUUUGGAUCUCUACCUAAAGUGGCCUUUGCUGGGUUUUGUGGCUACAUGGCAGGGAAACUGUCGUACAUGAAGACAUGCCAGGAAAAGUUCCAGAGGCUGGAGAACUCCCCUCUGGGAGAAAUCCUGAGGCAGAGGGCCGGCAUUCCUCCGCAUGACUCCGGCGGGGCUCAGUCUGAGCUCAGCGACCCAAACAGCCCUUCGUUUGACACCAUGUUCCAGCCUGGAGACGCACCAGGCGCAGCAUCCAGCCAGAGCAGAGAUCCGGGGUAUGGAUUCAGCCCUGAUCGCCCUGUGCAGAUGGGCAGAGCGGAUGACUUCAGCGCUCCAGUACAGUCCUAUGUGCAGGAUGACGAGGAGCCUCGGAAGAAAGCCAUCCUCUAUGAGGACCUGAGGCUGAAAAACAGGGAGAACUAUGAGGUGACGCUCAUUCAGAAGGCUGACACCAUGCUCAAAGGGCCAUCAGCGAAGGACCCAGAGGGAGGCAAGAAACCAGUGAAGAAGAACAUCUACGGAGACACCUGGGAAGAAUGAGUCUUCUUUGGACGGGCCGUGUGCGCCGACAGCACUGAGAACAGCGGGACAUCGGGUCUCAGUCCUUUCUGUUCCUGUGUUUAUGGUUGAGUUGGAGAUAAAUGUGACGUUGCAAGUAUGAAUAAAAUUAAACUGGUCAAUGACA